UCCAGUCUUGCAUAUCUGCGCAUCGAGGAGUGCCAGCAGUUGACAUCAUUGCCGAGGAUGCGAAACCCCACUUCUCUUGGAGAAUUAAGCAUAAUAAAUUGUCCUCGACUCCGGCUCUUAUCAGAGGGAGGACUGCCAUUCAAGCUUGAAUCACUGUAUAUAGAGAAGUGCCAGCAGUUGACAUUGUUAUCGGGGAUGCAAAACCUUACUUCUCUUGGAGCAUUAACUAUAAAAAAAUGUCCUAAACUUCAGAUCAUGGUACCAGAUCAGCUCUCAUCUAUGCCUCACCUUGUGGAUAUUAUUGAUUGCCCUGGAUUGGUCAACUGGUGCGAAAUACAAAAAAUCAGCUGCAUUCAGGUCGUUUCAGGCAUCAAGCUGACUAUAUCGAACACAUGGGAGAAGAUCAUGCAUGUGUUUGAUGAUUUGACAUCCAUUGAGCAUCUUCGUUUCACUAAUUCUUGGCAUGUGCUUCCGGAAACAUUCAGCAUAAGCAUACUUGAAGAUCUGACAAUAUGGGGUUGCACGCACAUCCCACCUAUAAGCUGCCUGCCCGAACUCACAUCUCUCCAAAGCUUGGUUUUAAAGGACUGUCUUGGAGUCCGACUCCUACCAGAUGAACUGCUUCCAUCCACGCUCAAGUCCUUGGUAGUUGAUAGUUGUGAGGAUCUAAGGUGUUUACGGUUGGCGCAGCAGAACCGAGAUGCACUUAAGGAGCUGCAAAGAUUGUGAACUGCCCCAAGCUCACAAUGGUGGAAGGUCUGAAUUGCAUUUUCUUCCUAAGAUUAUUAAGAAUAGAACAAUGCCCAAAAUCCGGCUUUCUUAAGCUGAUUUGCCGCCAUGUAUUUUUCCACCUGUCUAAAUUGCAUUAGUAUUUCCAGAGAAGUUCAAUCCUCAACAUUCAGGUAGCUAUAGUUGCUGAUUAUCAGUCUGCAAUUUUGCUUCUCUUUCAAAUAAGCAACACUUGUAUUCUGGCUAUUUGCCAAAUUAAUAAUUAUACGGGCAGCAACUGCUCUGUUUUUUUGUGUGUCUUUGCAGAGAAGCAGAGAACAAAGAAACAAUUGAUGAUGGAACCCUAGAGAAACCAGUGAUUGAGGUGUGAGGUGAUUCAACAUGCUGUAUCUCUGAUACUUGACGCUGCAGCUGGUUGCAACAUGGGUCAAUUCCUAGAAGGGCUUCCUUCUAGUAGCAGCUCUCAUUCCCUGUUGGAAGACAGGGAGUUUGUGGCAAUGAUGAUUGGUGGGAUGGAAGAAUGAUUGCCAUUAUGAAAAGAACCCAUUAUAGGAUCAGUAUCCAUCCUCCCCAUUUGAUGAUGGUUAAUCAUCUAACAGCAUGGAUGGAACCUAUGGGAUAAAGCAGCUCCAACCGACCAUUUCACUGUGCUACAUCUAUUACGGACUCAAGUCCUUCAAGGCCAUGGCAGCUAUCAUUAGCGGAGCCCCCUAUGAUCUGCCCUCCACAACAGGAUUUUGCCAUUGCCUUUCCAGAUUCUCAGCCAUUCAAUACAAAACCAUUGAAUUGAACAUGUGCUGGGGCGCACACAGUGUGUGCCGGUGGGCGUUUGGAAAAGGUACAGGCACUGAUAUCAAAAUCCUUGGUGAAGAUUAACCAAAUUGCUGUCG